AUGAAGAACUAUCAUGACAUGCUGGGCGUCGCACGAGAGAAGCUCGCAUCCAUCCGCCGUAGCAACGAGGAUCGUGUUUCACACGUUCGAGGUCACUUUGACAAGGCCCGUGAAAAAGUAGAGCUCAUUGACGAGGUCGAUUUGCGCAAGGUCACGGCCCAGGCCGCCCCAUCCCCGGUUGCUGUAGCAGUGCUGAAGGCGGUGUGGCCGGUGGCCAAGUGCGAUCCCACGGCGGUUGAGUUCUAUGAGUGGGCAGAUGUGCAACUGGACUACCGCAAGACAGCCGCUCUCGAUGAGAUCGCCAAGACAGACGUUCUCAAGAAGCCCUACCCUUCUGCGGAAAGCCUGCAGCAGUCCCUGGAGCAGGACCCCAAGCUGAACUACAAGGCGGCGGCGCGCAACUCGCCGGUGGUGGCCAGCCUCCACGCGUGGGUCACCACGGCUCUUGCCUACCAGCAGGCGUACAACCUCCUGGCGCACGACAAGCGCAUCCAGGAGCAGAACGACGCCAUCGCAGCCGCCAUUGCUGGCAUGAAGGCCUGUCGCGCCAAGAUCGCCAAGCUCAAGGACGAGCUGUCUUCAAAGGACGCGGCUGCACUCCCCGGUCAGGUCACCUCCUUCACCAGGACAUCAGUCCUCGUGACCAUUCCGUUGUCCGCCGUCAUCUCUCCGGUCAACGUGGACAGCGAUGUAAAGCGAUGCGUGCUGACUAAGGAUGAGGUCGAGCAAAUUCCUGUCGAUGCCAAGAUCACGCGAUACACCCAAAAUCAAAAACUGGCUAUCACUGCAUCUCAUCUUCUUCACCAGUACGCUGCUGCGACUAGUACCCGGAUCUACGCCACUGAAUUAGAAGACCGCCUGUUCUUCUUCCAGCAUUACAUGGCUUCCGCUCUACGUGACGCACAGGCAGGUGCAGUGCAGGCCAACCAGCGCCUCGCUCAUAGUCUCCACGAGCUAGAGGCUUUUCGCCAGAAGCGCCACGACGCCAAGAAGGCGCGCGCCGCGGAGCCGGAACUUGCGGAUGCCGACGGCGUGGAGCCAAGCAGCGGACCCACUAGUAGUCGUUCUCCCGCUGGCCGCGCAGCCCCACGCGGACAGAGCGCUGCACCACGCGGCACUGCAUCGCAGCAGCACAUGCUCCUCGACCCCGCCUACCAGCCCAUCGACCCGACUACCAUCGCCAACGAGCCGGUCUACGCCGUCACCAUCGAAGAGUUCAAGGCCAAAGACGCCGCAGGAGAGCGAGCUAUGGACGAGGCGGAGCGCAUGGCGGACGAAGUGCAGCGGCUCGCCGUGGAACUGGAGGGCGCCAAGGCGGAGGCCGACAAGCUGGCGGAGGAGCUCGCCGCCAAGGACGAGGAGCUCGCCGCGCACCGCCAGAAGCGCCACGAUGCCCAGCAGGCGCGCGCAAGCGACCCUGCCUUGGCUGCUGCCGACGCCGUCGCACCGCGCAGCGGAAAGGGGGCAGCAUUGCCGCACGUCGGCGCAGUGCAGCGCCAGGCCGUCGACCCUGCCACCGUGCCCGUGGCCCCCGCCGUUAUUGCGGAGGAGCCACUCUACGUGGCCACCGCGGAGGAGCUGCAGCAUGUGCGCGACUUCGCAGAUCAGCUCGCUGAGGAACUCGAGGCGUUUCGCCAGAAGCGCCACGACGCCAAGAAGGCGCGCGCCGCGGAGCCGGAACUUGCGGAUGCCGACGGCGUGGAGCCAAGCAGCGGACCCACUAGUAGUCGUUCUCCCGCUGGCCGCGCAGCCCCACGCGGACAGAGCGCUGCACCACGCGGCACUGCAUCGCAGCAGCACAUGCUCCUCGACCCCGCCUACCAGCCCAUCGACCCGACUACCAUCGCCAACGAGCCGGUCUACGCCGUCACCAUCGAAGAGUUCAAGGCCAAAGACGCCGCAGGGGAGCGAGCUAUGGACGAGGCGGAGCGCAUGGCGGACGAAGUGCAGCGGCUCGCCGUGGAACUGGAGGGCGCCAAGGCGGAGGCCGACAAGCUGGCGGAGGAGCUCGCCGCCAAGGACGAGGAGCUCGCCGCGCACCGCCAGAAGCGCCACGAUGCCCAGCAGGCGCGCGCAAGCGACCCUGCCUUGGCUGCUGCCGACGCCGUCGCACCGCGCAGCGGAAAGGGGGCAGCAUUGCCGCACGUCGGCGCAGUGCAGCGCCAGGCCGUCGACCCUGCCACCGUGCCCGUGGCCCCCGCCGUUAUUGCGGAGGAGCCACUCUACGUGGCCACCGCGGAGGAGCUGCAGCAUGUGCGCGACUUCGCAGAUCAGCUCGCUGAGGAACUCGAGGCGUUUCGCCAGAAGCGCCACGACGCCAAGAAGGCGCGCGCCGCGGAGCCGGAACUUGCGGAUGCCGACGGCGUGGAGCCAAGCAGCGGACCCACUAGUAGUCGUUCUCCCGCUGGCCGCGCAGCCCCACGCGGACAGAGCGCUGCACCACGCGGCACUGCAUCGCAGCAGCACAUGCUCCUCGACCCCGCCUACCAGCCCAUCGACCCGACUACCAUCGCCAACGAGCCGGUCUACGCCGUCACCAUCGAAGAGUUCAAGGCCAAAGACGCCGCAGGGGAGCGAGCUAUGGGCGAGGCGGAGCGCAUGGCGGACGAAGUGCAGCGGCUCGCCGUGGAACUGGAGGGCGCCAAGGCGGAGGCCGACAAGCUGGCGGAGGAGCUGCAGCAUGUGCGCGGCGUGGCAGAUGAGGCUGCCCAUCAUGCACCAGCGCGAGAAGCGGAAGUUGCUGAUGCCUUGGAGAAUCUUAGAAGUGAGUUGGAUGAGGCGCGGGAGAAGAAUGCUAAGUUAGAGGACGAGGUUUGUGGUUUGAAAGAGCAACUUUCGGACGCUCUGGAUGCAUACAAGAAGGUAGCAGUUACUCUGGAAGUAGCGGAAGAUGAGCGUCACCAGCUGUGUGACGAUCUGGAGGCAGCGUUAGACGAGCUUGAGCUGAAGAAGGAUGAAUAUGAUGAACUGCUAGGCAACUUGGAGGAGGUUCAGGGUUUGCUGGAAGCCGCUGAUGUCGCUGGGCGAACGGCUGUGGAGGCAUUGGAGCAGCGAAGCCGAGACAUGGCGGACCUGCAGAGCGAGUUGGCGAAUGCGCUGGACGCCAGCAAAGAAAAUGAGAAUCUUCGUGCUCUGCUGGAUGCCAAGGAGAGAGAGAUCAAUAGACUGAAGGAGUUCAACAGUUUUUGGACUGACCCUGUGCCCACCGGAAAGCAGAAGGUGACACACAGGCUCACAAAGAUCUUCGAUGGCGACUGGACUCGUUUGAUGCGUAAUAGACCGGAGGCACUGAAGGCAGCGUUCGUGAUUGAUUCCAGCAACGCAUGCCACGUGCCUGGAGACCAGAUUGUCCAGGUAGAUUUUGAUCACGAUUAG